AUGGUUACCAACUCUGACAUCAUUACGCUUGACAACUUUGAGAAGCUGCUGCCAAGAUGGGACCCCGCAGGCUCCAAUCACCUAUAUGCCAUUGUUGAUAUGGGCAGCAACGGCAUCCGCUUCUCCAUCUCGGACCUCACUCCGCCCCAGACUCGCCUCCUCCGGCCCAUCUACCGCGAGCGCGCCGGCAUCUCCCUCUUCGACGCCCUCAACUCCGCCUCCACCGCCGCCUCCGAACCUCUUACUUUUCCCCCCGAGACAAUCACCCAGGUUGCAAAGACCCUCGCCCGUUUUCGCCGCAUCGCCGUCUCCUAUGGCGUCCCCCCGGCCCACUUCUCCGUCCUGGCCACCGAGGCCAUGCGCCGCGCCGCCAACGCCCGCGACAUGCUGACCGCCAUCCGCCAGGCCGCCGACAUUGGCGUCCACGUCCUGGCCCCCGAGGUCGAGACCCUCUUCGGCGCCGUCAUGGGAUCGCGGUCCGCCUUUGUCGACGUCGCGCGCGGCGGGCUGUUCCUCGACCUGGGCGGGGGCUCCGUGCAGAUGACCUGGGUCGACACGCGGCUGCCCGACUACGAGAUCGCCGCCGCCAAGGCGGGUGAGAGCAUGCCAUUCGGCGCUGCUAGGCUGAUUCGUAUUCUCGAGGGGCAGUCGGAGGAGGUGCGUACGCAGGAGAAGCAGAAGCUCAACGCGAGCAUGCAGGGCGCCUUUGCGAAGCUGUGCGACAAGUUCCCCGCGCUCGCGCAAGCAAAGGCACAACACGCCGAGGCUGCUGCCGCCGCCAACUCUUCCUCCUCCGCCACCACCACCACGACGAACGGCAGCAUCGGGGUACCCGGGGGCAUCGACGCGUACCUCUGCGGCGGCGGCUUCAGGGGCUACGGGUGCAUGCUGCAGCACAACGACCCGAUCCAGCCGUACCCGAUCCCGUCGGUGGGCACCUACACCGUGACGGGCGACUUCUUCAAGCAGACGGACAAGAUGCGGCGCGUCAACCGCGAGCACGAGGGGAAAAUCUACGGCAUGUCGAAGCGCAGGAGGCAGCAGUUCCCGGCCAUCAUCGAAGUCGUCGAGGCCUUUAUCCGCACUGUCCCGCACCUGCGGACCGUCACCUUUUGCGGAGGCUCGAACCGCGACGGCGCCCUGCUGAUGAAGCUGCCCAAGAGCGUGCGGGAGAGCAACCCGCUCGAGGCGCUCGCCGGAUUCCCCAUCCAGGCCCCCGAGGAGAACGGCGCCACGGGCGGGGACCUGGCCGUGGCGCAGGCGAUCCUCCGGACGUUGUACGGCGCCGUGCCGAAGAACGUCGACGUCUCGCGGACGCCGACGGUGUUUUCCUUGGGUCUGGGACCGCUUUUUGCGAGGCAGGUUUGGAUCCACCAGGGCGAGGACGACGACGCCAACGCCUCGUACGCGCUGCACGAGGCCGUCACGCGGGACCCCAGCGCGCCGGGGCUGACGCACCUCGCGAGGGCGGUGCUGGGCCUGACGGUGUGCGCGCGGUGGGGGUCGAACCUGGGGCCGAUUGACGCGCAGCUGUAUGAGAACCUGAGGGGUCUCGUCGCCGAGGCCAAGUCGGAGAGCGUGUUUUGGGCCGAGUACCUGGGCGCCGUGGCGGCUAUCAUGGUUGAUCUUGUGCCGGCGUGGCCCCAGAGCGUCGAGGAGCUCGAGUCGACUUUGAGAUUCGAAGCUACGCAGACGACGGACCCCACGAAGAAGCGGGCGAGCAUCGAUUUAACUGUCCACGUGGCCCCCGGCGCGGCCGUGGGUAUCGAUCCCGCCGAUGUCAUGGGCCGGUUGUCAAACGUUGGCAAGAAGCGCAAGGACGGGACGAAGCCCGAUAAGAAGGUUUCUGUCAAGAUUGUGGAAAUGAAGUAG